ACUAAAUUAAUAGGUAAAUUCUUCCACUUCACUGAUAAUUUAUUCGACCUUCCCAAUUUCUCGAUGAGGUUUCGGGUUAAUCGGCGGCGGCGGUGUCUCAUUUCUGGCGACGGUGGCUCCCCCAUUCAAUUCAAUUCCCGACCGCCUCAAAGAACAAAAGCAUUUAUUCACAGCCUGAUCCAGUGUCCUCUUCCAUCUAUAGCCAUACCUUUUUCUAGAUUUUGUUGUGAGUAUGACAAUGCUUAUGAUGCAGUUCAAGAAAUGGGCCGUAGAAAAUAUGGGAACUUAAGUUUUUCAGACACAGUUUAUAGUGAUAGAGAAGUUGCGGGAAGUUGCAAAUUUGGCGAUUUGAACGAGUUUGAAGAGUCGGAAAAGGAAGAUGGAGGAGAGAGUGACAAUGAUGACAUUGGCGAUGAUUUUAAGAUUUUGGAUUCAUUUGAUAGGAAUCGAGACCCAAGUAAUUGCCGCAAAGAGAAAAUUGAUGGGAUAGAGGAUGAAAUGAGACACCCUUUGGUAAAAGAAAUAUGUAAGUUAAUUGAUAUGAGGUCAUUAUGGACUCUGAGGCUUGAGGGAGAUCUAAGGCGCUUAUUGAAAAGUUUGACACCUCUCCAAGUUUGUGCUGUGUUAAGGUCUCAAUCCGAUGAAAGGGUUUCUUUGAUGUUCUUCCAUUGGGCAGACCGGCAAUGGCGCUAUAGGCAUGUCCAGGUCGUGUAUUAUGAGAUGCUUAGAAUUCUUAGCAAGACAAAGUUGUGCCAAGGAGCCAAACGCGUCCUCCGGCUAAUGUCCAGAAGAAGAAUUGAACUUCAGUCCCAAGCUUUUGGUUAUGUGAUGGUUUCUUUUAGUCGAGCCGGACAUAUGAGGAAAGCUUUGCAGGUUCUUACUUUAAUGCAGAGAGCAGGAGUUGGGCUAGAUUUAUCCAUUUGUAACACUGCAGUUUAUGUUUUGGUGAAGGGGAAUAAGCUGGAGAAGGCAUUGAGGUUUUUGGAACGUAUGAAAGUAGUUGGAAUCACACCCGAUGUCGUAUCUUAUAAUUCCUUAAUCAAAGGCUACUGUGAUGCGCACCGAGUUGAAGAUGCUCUGGACCUUAUUGCUCAAAUGCCUCAUAAGGGCUGUCCUCCAGACAAAGUGAGUUACUGCACUGUGAUGGGAUUUUUGUGCAAGGAGAAUAGAGUCGACGAAAUAAGAGAGUUGAUAGAUGAAAAGAUGAGAAACGAUAAUUUACAUCUUGAUCAGGUUAUGUAUGAAAGUCUUGUACAUAUGCUUUCAAAGCAUGGGCAUGCCGAUGAAGCCUUAAGUUUUUUAAGGGAAGGAGAAUCCAGAGGGUUCACGAUAGACAAAAUCGAGUACAGUACUGUCAUAAACUCAUUCUGUAAAGAGGGGAGGAUGGAUAGCGUGAAAGAGCUCCUCAAUGAGAUGAUUGCCAAGGGAUGUGUUCCUGAUGUGGUGACUUACACGUCUGUCGUGAAUGGAUUUUGCUGUUUGGGUGAGGUUGGCGAAGCAAAAAAGCUACUCCAACAGAUGAACAAAUAUGGAUGCAAGCCAAACACUGUUUCCUACACAGCCUUUUUGAAUGGGCUGUGUCGCGACGGAAAAUCUUCAGAAGCAAGAGAGAUGAUGAAUAUGAGUGAGGAUGGCUGGUGGAAGCCCAAUGCUGUGACAUAUAGUGUUCUGAUGCAUGGCUUUCGCAGGGAGGGAAAGCUUCCGGAAGCUUGUGAUAUAGUCGCCGAAAUGAUAGGAAAGGGGUUUUUCCCUACUCCGGUCGAAAUUAACCAACUCAUUCAAGCUCUUUGUAGGGAGGGUAGAACGGUUGAGGCAAAGAAGUUUCUAGAAGAGUGCGCGAGAAAAGGGUGCGCUGUAAAUGCCGUAAAUUUCACCACUUUGAUUCAUGGUUUCUGUUCAAAGAACGAUGUGGGCUCUGCUCUCUCCGUUCUUGAUGACAUGUAUUUGAUUAACAAGCAUCCAGAUGUUGUCACGUAUACAACGAUAAUAAAUGCAUUAGGAAAGAAUGGAAGAAUAGAAGAGGCGAUUGAAAUGACUAAGAAAAUGAUCCAUAAAGGGCUGGUUCCUACUCAAGUCACAUACCGCACCGUGAUUCAUCGAUUUUGUCACCAUGGCCGGGUAGACGAUCUUGUAAAGCUAUUAGAGAAGAUGUUGUCAAGAAAAGAUUGCAAGACCGUGUACAACCAAGUCAUUGAAAAGCUGUGUGGGUUUGGAAAUCCCGACGAGGCUUAUAAGCUGUUGGAUAAAGUUCUUAGGACAGCUUCAAGAAUCGAUGCAAAAACUUGCCACGCUCUUAUUGAGAGUUUUUUGAAAAAAGGGAACCCUUUGUUCUCAUUUAAGGUUGCCUGUCGGAUGUUCAAGCGGAAUCUGAUUCCCGAUUUGAAGUUAUGUGAAACUGUCAAGGAGAAAUUGAUGUUAGAUGGGAAAACGGACGAGGCAGACAAACUUAUGAUGCUUUUUGUCGAACACGGCAUUGUCUUGCCUAAACAUCACCAACAACAAUUGACUUGACAUGUUAUUCAACUUUUUAGUUUCAUUCUCUGCUCAUAAAAUCAUGGAAACAGUAUCUCACAGGGGUUACUGGGGUAAAAUUGCACGUCAUGCCCCCCCCCCCCCCAACCAAAGACCCCAACGGAGUCGGGACUAUGCUGGGUUGUUUUCUUUUCACAUUAAAACCAAACUUGUGGAAGAGUGGCUAAGAAUACGAGUUCAUGGAGUGCUCAAGUGAUGAUUUGAGCCUAUCGAGGGCUCAACAUUGGAAGAUGAGUACAGCCAGUAAGACAUGUUUGGGAAGGAAAACAUACAACAGAAACAACUAUAUGAACUAGGAAACAAUCUCUCUGCUUUCAAGUAGGGGUAAGGUCUGCAUGCACUGAGACCCUACUUUUUGUGGAAACUCAUCAUCACCUUAAUCCCAAGUUCCCAACCAUGAUGCGGUCGAUGAUAUGAAAUUUGUAUCUUCAGGCCAGAUUUGAGCAGAUAUGUUACCAGCAAAUAAGUCUUGACAUGGAUAGGAAUGACAUACAAAGAUAUGGAGGUGCAUGGAUAGAGAGCUUCAUAAUGAGACUUGCUUUUGGCAUCCGAUUAAUUAGAUGGUUAUGGUUGUAGCUCUGGGUGAUUUUAGUCUCAUCCGCUAUUUUGUGUGAUUGGAUUUACUUAGAUCAGACAAGAAUUUAAAUAGACGUUGUCAAACUAG